AUGGAAGGAAGGAAUGAAACCAGUGCCUCCGAAUUCAUCCUCCUGGGACUUUCAGAAAAACCGGAGCAGGAGACUCUUCUCUUUGCUCUGUUCCUUGGCAUGUACCUGGUCACUGUGCUGGGGAACCUGCUCAUCGUCCUGGCCAUCAGCUCUGACUCCCACCUGCACACGCCCAUGUACUUCUUCCUGGCCAACUUGUCCUUGGUUGAUUUCUGCCUGGCCACCAACACUGUCCCCAAGAUGCUGGUGAACAUCCAAACGAAGAGCAAGUCCAUCUCUUAUCCUUGCUGCCUGACCCAAAUGUACUUUUUCCAUUUUUUUGGCAUCGUUGACAGUGUCUUAAUAGCUGUGAUGGCUUAUGACAGGUUUGUGGCUAUAUGCCACCCCUUACACUAUACCACCAUCAUGAGCCCACGCCUUUGUGGCUUGCUGGCUGGUGGUCCAUGGGGGUUUUCCUGCUUCAUUUCCCUCACACACACCCUCCUGAUGGCGCGCCUGGUUUUCUGUGGCAACCAGAUUCCUCACUACUUCUGCGACCUCACUCCCCUUCUCAGGCUUUCUUGCACGGACACCUCUGUGAACAAGAUCUUUGUGCUCAUUGUGGCCGGGAUGGUGAUAGCCACACCUUUCAUCUGCAUCCUGGCCUCCUAUGCUCGCAUCAUCGUGGCCGUCAUGCAGGUCCCCUCGGCAGGUGGCAGGAAGAAAGCUUUUUCGACCUGUAGCUCCCACCUCUCUGUGGUUGCCCUCUUUUAUGGGACCACCAUUGGGGUUUAUCUGUGUCCCUCAUCUGUCCGCACAGCCGUGAAGGAGAAAGCCUCUGCUGUCAUGUACACUGCAGUCACGCCCAUGCUGAAUCCCUUUAUCUAUAGCCUGAGAAACAAAGACCUGCAGGGAGCCCUGAGGAAGCUCAUCAAUAGAAAAAACACCCCAUCUUCCUGA